AUGUCUCUUCCUCAGGUCGGAAUCAACGGCUUCGGUCGUAUUGGAAGAAUCGUCUUCCGUAACGCCAUCACCCACGGUGGUGUUGAGGUUGUUGCUGUCAACGACCCCUUCAUCGAGGUCCACUAUGCUGCCUACAUGCUCAAGUACGACAGCACCCACGGCCUGUUCAAGGGCACCGUCGAGGUUGCCAGUGACGGUCUGAUUGUCAACGGCAAGAAGGUCAUCUUCUACGCUGAGCGUGACCCCACCCAGAUCCCCUGGGGCAAGGCCGGUGCCGACUACAUUGUCGAGUCCACCGGUGUCUUCACCACCACCGAGAAGGCUUCUGCUCACCUGAAGGGUGGUGCCAAGAAGGUCAUCAUCUCGGCUCCCUCCGCCGACGCCCCCAUGUUCGUCAUGGGUGUCAACAACACCGAGUACAACAAGGACAUCAACGUCCUCUCCAACGCCUCUUGCACCACCAACUGCCUGGCUCCCCUCGCCAAGGUCAUCCACGACAACUUCACCAUUGUCGAGGGUCUCAUGACCACCGUCCACUCCUACACCGCCACCCAGAAGGUCGUUGACGCCCCCUCCAACAAGGACUGGCGUGGUGGCCGUACCGCGGCCCAGAACAUCAUCCCCUCCUCCACCGGUGCCGCCAAGGCUGUCGGCAAGGUCAUUCCUUCCCUCAACGGCAAGCUCACCGGCAUGUCCAUGCGUGUCCCCACCUGCAACGUCUCCGUCGUCGACCUGACCUGCCGCACCGAGAAGCCCUUCACCUAUGAUGAGAUCAAGCAGACCAUCAAGAAGGCCUCCGAGAGCCCCGAACUCAAGGGCAUCCUCGGCUACACCGAGGACGACGUCGUCUCCUCCGACAUGAACGGCAACGAGCACUCCUCCAUCUUCGAUGCCAAGGCUGGUAUCGCCCUCAACUCCAACUUCGUCAAGCUGGUCUCCUGGUACGACAACGAGUGGGGUUACUCCCGCCGUGUCGUUGACCUCAUUGCCUACAUCGCCAAGGUCGACUCUCAUCCGAUCAAGUUCCUCGGGCUCUCUGAACCUCCAAUGUGUCGUCGCAUCCGACUGGUCGGACGGGUGAUUCGCAGCGAGCUGGGGCGGCGAUUACUCGGCAUGCAUCUUGCAACCAAACCAUGGAGAGUUCCCAAACAGAACUCAUCUUUCUUUCCUGCGAGCCCUCUGCAGUACGCGUCGCUGCUCCCCCCGUCCUCCGCAGACGAAGUGGUGCUGGGAUUCGGCGAUCUUUCUGGUUAG